UGCCGGUGAGCCAUUGGAGUCCUGUCUGUCUCAACCGAUGGGAUAUGGAUUAAUACCGUCUGUCUGUGUUUAUUUAUUAAGGCAACUCUAAUUAUGAAAUCUACUGCUAGAUAUUAAAUUGUGCAUACAGAUGUAGGUUUUUAUUUACUCAUUUGCUUAUGUGGAGGAUUUUUAAGUGACCAGCUCUUAGCGCACUAAUUCUUAAACCCUCAACGCAAGUUACUGUAAAACACCUUCAACAUGCUGACGAGACUUUUCAGAAUCCAUGGCCUGUUCGUGGCCUCCCAUUCCUGGGAAGUCAUUGUGGCUACUGUGACCCUCACACUCUGCAUGAUGUCUAUGAAUAUGUUCACUGGCAAUAGCCAGAUUUGUGGCUGGAACUUUGAUUGCCCCAAAUUAGAGGAGCAAAUCCUAAGCAGCGAUAUUAUCAUCCUGACAAUCACAAGAUGCAUAGCAAUCGUAUAUAUUUACUUUCAAUUCCAAAAUCUUCGGCAAUUAGGGUCCAAAUAUAUAUUGGGCAUUGCAGGACUUUUCACAAUUUUCUCCAGUUUUGUGUUCAGCACGGUUGUGAUUCACUUCCUGGACAAGGAGCUUACAGGCCUCAAUGAGGCAUUGCCAUUCUUUCUACUGUUGAUUGAUCUCUCCAAAGCGUGCACUCUGGCCAAAUUUGCUUUGAGUUCAAACUCACAGGAUGAGGUGAGAGAGAAUAUUGCCAAAGGAAUGGCUGUCUUGGGGCCCACUUUUACUCUUGAUGCUCUUGUGGAGUGCCUGGUGAUUGGCGUUGGUACAAUGUCAGGUGUCCGGCAGCUUGAGAUCAUGUGCUGCUUUGGUUGCAUGUCUGUCCUAGCCAACUACUUUGUGUUCAUGACUUUCUUCCCAGCCUGUGUCUCUCUUGUGCUGGAGUUGUCCAGAGAGAGCAGAGAGGGACGGCCUAUCUGGCAGUUGAGUCACUUUUCUAGAGUUUUGGAGGAAGAAGAAGACAACAAGCCAAACCCUGUCACACAAAGGGUUAAAAUGAUCAUGUCUCUUGGCCUGGUGAUGGUUCAUGCCCAUAGUCGGUGGAUUGCUGAUCCAGCGUCAAGUAACAGAACUCUUAAUAUUCCACAAGUUGUAGUGAGCAUGAAUGACAAUAUGCCGAAGAGGAUUGAGCCAGACAUGCCCCUGUGGCAUUUUUAUCUGUCCAGAUUGAUCAGCAUGGACAUCGAGCAGAUGAUCACAUUGAGCCUUGCCCUGUUCCUUGCCGUCAAGUACAUUUUCUUUGAGCAAGUGGAGAUGGAGUCUACCCUGUCCUUGAAAGUCCCUACUCCAGGCUCCUUGCUGGCUCAGAAAUGGUCUCCUGACCAGUGCUGCAGAAAGGAGCUUCCCUCUUCCAGCAAGCCUGAAAACCCCCCAACUCCCUCUCCUGUUGUUACCAAAGAGGAACGAGGUAUUCAUCCUUACCCUACUUUUUCAUUUUUUUAUUCAAUCCCUAAAAAUCCAACAUUUUUAAAUGUAAACUGUCAUUUAUCUCUUUCAGAUUUAGUGAUUCGACCCCUGCCUGCCCUAAAGGAGCCUGAACAUAAAAGCACUUUUGUAGUGGGAGGGGAUGAAUCUCAGGAAAACACAGAAGUGUUGGAGUCUGAGAUCAAUGUACCUGCUGAACCCAGACCUGUGGAAGACUGUCUGUCCAUUCUAAAAAACCCAUACAUGGGUGCUCGGUACCUCAGUGAUAAAGAGGUGAUUGUGUUGGUAAACUCAAAACACAUCCCAGCUUACAAACUGGAGGCCAUGAUGGAAACCCCUGAGAGAGGGGUGAUGAUCCGUAGGAAAAUGCUCACCUCCAAACUCCCGGAGGCCUCAGCUCUCGCCUGCCUGCCCUAUAAAGACUAUGACUACUCUAAGGUGAUGGGAACAUGUUGUGAGAAUGUUAUUGGUUACAUGCCAGUUCCUGUUGGGGUGGCUGGUCCACUGUUAUUGGACGGAAAGCAGUUUCAGGUCCCUAUGUCAACAACUGAGGGCUGCCUAGUUGCCAGCACAAAUAGAGGCUGCAGAGCUAUAGCUUUGGCCGGGGGUGCCAGUAGCCGUGUUCUUGCAGAUGGAAUGACCCGAGGGCCAGUGGUUCGUUUGCCUUCUGCCUGUCAGGCAGCUGAAGUCAAGGCCUGGCUGGAGAGCCCUGAGGGCUUCAAGUGCAUCAAAGAGGCCUUUGAUCAGACCAGCAGGUUUGCACGACUAGAGAAGCUUCUAAUUGGUCUUGCAAGUCGCAACCUGUACAUUCGAUUCCAGUCCAGAACUGGAGAUGCAAUGGGGAUGAACAUGAUCUCCAAAGGCACAGAACAGGCUCUCGCCAGGCUGAAAGAGGAAUUUCCAGAGCUGCAAGUCUUGGCCAUUAGUGGAAACUUUUGUACUGACAAGAAACCAGCCGCCAUCAACUGGAUUGAGGGAAGGGGCAAGUCUGUGGUUUGUGAAACCACAAUACCAGCCAAUGUUGUCAAAGAGGUUUUAAAGACGACAACUGAGGCUCUGGUAGAUGUAAACAUCAGUAAGAACUUGGUUGGAUCUGCUAUGGCUGGAAGCAUCGGGGGUUAUAACGCUCAUGCCGCCAACAUCGUAGCUGCCAUCUAUAUUGCAUGUGGACAGGAUCCAGCUCAGACAGUGGGCAGCUCCAAUUGUAUCACUUUAAUGGAAGCCUCAGGCCCCACAGGGGAGGAUCUCUAUAUCAGCUGUACUAUGCCCUCCAUUGAGCUAGGCACUGUUGGAGGGGGCACUAACCUUCCUCCCCAGCAAGCUUGUUUACAGAUGUUAGGUGUGCUGGGUGCUUGUCAGGAGUGCCCGGGUGAGAAUGCCCGACAGCUUGCCAAGGUGGUGUGUGCUACUGUCCUUGCAGGGGAGCUGUCACUCAUGUCUGCACUUGCUGCUGGACACCUGGUUAAAAGUCACAUGACUCAUAACAGAUCAAAAGUGAAUUUGCAAGAAGCUCCUAGAAGAUGCACUAAACAAGCAUCUUGAGACUGUUUGAAGAUGCAAAAGAGCCAUAAACAAAGAGGAUCUCUACAUCAAGGGACAAAUUAAUAUUAAUUUAGAUUACUUUCAAGGAUGACAAAGAAAUACAGAAUUCUGAUUGUUUCUUGUUUCCAUGUUCUGCUAAAGAACUCCAGGCAAGUUUUCAAGGUGAAACUGUUCAAAUAAAAGACCAGCUCUGAGUCAAGACCAGCUCUGUUCAAAAGACUAGUGCCAGUAUUUCUAAAUAACAUCUGAGUAUCAGACCUGUUUUUUUAAGCCUAAUAUUGCUUUAUAGAGAAAAUCUCAUUUUAGAUCCACUGCAACCUGUACUUAAAGAUACAGAAGUCAUUGAUUAUUGGCCAGCAUAUGACAUGCCAUUGUAUAUCAUGAACAGUGUUGGGUGUAAUUGGAUUUCAAAGUAAUUAGUUACUGCAAUCUAAUUACUUUAGGCACAAAAAGUAGUGUUAUACAAUUAAAAUGUGAAUUAAUAUGUUCAUAUGUACAUCUGUUUGUGUUUCUGUGACAGCUGAAGGGUCUGCAACAAUGAAAAAGUAGAAAAUAGACAUUAAUUUGAAUUUGUUGAGCAGAUGUUUGUGACAAUAGUUUUAGAAUGUAACUUAAAAUUAACUAGUAAUGUGAUUACAUUUUCAACAAUGUAAUAAGUAUAGUAAUCUUAUUAUAAUUUUAGAGAAGUAGUUAGUAAUUUGAGUGGAUUUCUUUUUGUAAUUUACCCAACACUGAUCACGAAACCAAUGCAGUUCUUGCCACCUUUAAGGCCUGCCGGAUGUUUUAUUAAUUUUUCACCUCUGAUUAUUUAAUGAUGACAGCAAAGGGGAGCAUAUUUUUGCAUGCCAACUUGCUGGAAACAUAAUCUACAAAUAGGUCAAAUGUAAUCUUCAUUGCACUUUAAAAAAAAAAAAAUGGUUUAGGACAGUACCAAUACAGAGAGGAGUUUACAGUACACAAGUGGAUUACAGAACGACUAUAAAAUUGCUCAACUCAGCAGUCACCCCCAAGGUUCUUGUGUCAGAAUGUACAUUUAUUUAUUUUUUUAAUGACACAGGAAUGAACUGAGUGACUAAUGUAACAUGUCUGAAAGGGGUAGUGCUGAGGCAUGACAGGACAAAACAUUUCAUAAAGGUGCUAUGUACCACAUGAUGUG